AUGGCAGCUGCGGAUGGCGACUCGGCAUAUGGCGAGAGUCUAUUCACCGAAACAACCUCGUUACAUGAGAGCGUGUUCAACUAUCAGUACGAAAAUGGUCGCCGCUACCACUCCUACAAUGCUGGGAAAUACUUUGCUCCCAACGAUGAACAGGAGCAAGACCGACUCGAUCUUCUCCAUCACGUUGUGUCCAUGAUUUUAGGAGGGGAGCUUUGGACGAUUCCAAUCGGAGAACGCGCCAACGCUCCCGUCCCCGAAAGUAUUCUCGACAUAGGAACUGGCACUGGUCUAUGGGCCAUCGAGAUCGCAGACAAGUUCCCUCAAGCCCAAGUCAUCGCCACCGAUCUCUCUCCGAUUCAACCCACCUGGGUUCCUCCCAAUGUACAAUUCCAGGUGGAUGAUUGCGAGUCGGACUGGAAUUUCGACCAGCAAUUCGACUGGAUCCGGAUCGCGAACAUGGGAGGCUCUAUUGCUGACUGGCCUCGCCUUUUCCGGCAGUGCAUGGCCUUUCUCAAACCCGGUGGCUGGAUCGAAGUUCUGGAUUUUGAGGCCUGGGGAUCGACAGACGACGACACCCUACCAGUCAACAGCUCGUACAACCGAUGGCAACACGAGCUCAACAACGCAUCUUACCGAACUGGCCGUAUCAUGAACGUGGCGCCUUUGAUCAAAGAUAUGGUUUUAAACGCUGGGUUCGAAGGAGUUCACGAGGAUAUUUACAAGUGUCCGUUGUCACCGUGGCCCAGGGAUCAACGUCUCAAGGAAUUGGCCAUGUACAUGAACCUGAAUCUCUCCGAGGCCGCUCCAGCUUACAGUCUGGCCCUCUUCACCAGGGUUCUCGGCUGGGAGAAGGAAGAAGUCGAAGUACUGAUGGCCGGAGUGCGGAAUGACCUCCGAAACACAAGGUAUCAUUUAUAUACUCAGUUGUAA